GACUCAUUGCGGCACAAAAGUUACUUGGACUAUAACAAAUACGUUUCUAUGUAAACGUUAAGCCGAAUGAGCGAUGAACCUGGGUAAUGGUCUACUUUGGCUGGUGGCACUAAUUUUCGUAGCCUGCAACAUUUCUUUAGGCGGCACACGUGAGUCACAGUUGCGUAUCGGCAAGGCCAUCAACAUUUUCGUUCGUUAUGGCUACUUGGGCAUAUCGAUGCGCGUUAUUCCGUACAAUGACAGUUUUGAAGUCGACAAGUGGUUGUUCAAGGAGCCAACGAAGUCUAUUUAUAAGGAUCUGAGUUCACUGAGCGAGAGUCGAGAAGAGAAUGCGCCAGGCAUCUUUCACGGUGAUUUUCAUAUGGAGUUCUGCGAUAAUCGUCGCCAACUGUAUCAGGCAUACUUUCGUGACUUUACUGUUGAACGGCUAGACAAGCCAUGGGAGGCCUUCACUGGCGGUUGGUUCGCCGACAAUGCAGCCAAAAAGCUGGGUAUCAACACUUCCUACAUAAUGGGCGAAUAUUCAUACGUAUUAGUGCGUGUGGUGCGCUUUCGCGAGGUGGGCAAAUUUAGAGGCGACAUACCGCUCAAUCAGACAUUGGAGAAUGAUGUGCGUGAACGCAUUGGCGGCAUAACAGCGGGCAAUGUGACUGGCGCCAUAAAAUUUAUGGAGUCCUGCGGUACACACUACAUUAACUCCUACACGACGGGGAAUUCCUUGUAUCAGGUGUUUGUUUACACUCGCAAAAACUAUCAACUAAUUCGAGAUCGCAUCAAAACGAAGGGCUUGAAUAGCCUCUCGAAAAAGGAACUGUACGAUUUCUUCGCGCCAUGGCACGCCGUACAUUUAGGGCAAAUACGGUCGGCCAGCGCCAAUGCAACAGUGGAGCGUUGGGCGCGCCGCAAACUGCAAUACGAAUACUAUGUGGUGAAGUAUGUAACGCUACUGAAGUUACAUGGAAAUGGCACGUUACUAAAGGCAUUGGACAAUUUGCUGGGCAACGAUGCGAUUCUGCAAUUGGAUUUAAAGUCAUUGAAUGUUAUAUUUAGAGAUGUGCCCGACAAGCGGAGUUGGUUCAACGAAGUGCUCGACAAUCAAAUGAAACUUUGGGAGGUCAAUAUGCCAAUGAACUGACAUGGAGUAUAUGUACAUAUAUGUAUAUGUAGUAGCAGCUAUUUAUUGAUAUGGCCGCUUGGGAGAAUUAUGUGAGCCGCUGUAAAUGUUCCUAAGUCGCUAGCGACUACUCGAGACGCACUGUUGCCAUUCGUCUGCGCAGCCGUACAAAUUUGACGUUGAAGUGCUUAGCGAUGGUCACAUUACUUUAAAUAAUACGAAUCGUUGUUGUUGUUGUCGGCCUCCAAAGAGACUUCAAUAAUGCUUUUUCAAUGCCUGUGAUAGUUCUAAUAGAAUUAAUUAUGUAUUUAAAAUUAAGUUAGGCCUAAUUUGAGUCAUUGCUUAUAUACAUACUAGAAGAAAGAUUUGAGUAGAAUUUGGAGAAAUUUUCAAGUUACAACUACUACAUACAUACAUAUUUGCAUCCUGCAAACCAUGCUUUCAGAGUUAUCUACUUAGUAGAGAAAUCUUAGAUUUUUUACGAAAUUUGGGAAGAAUCGGUAAAGAAAUGAAAUUAAUGCUUAUAUUUUUUUUUCGAAAUUUUCAUAAAGAAACCGUAAAGAAAGUUCCUUACGAGUUCGUGUCUACCAGCUCAUAUGAUUUCUUUUGGAAACUUUGGUUUGCAGGGUAUACAUGAAUGAGGCCAUGCGAGCAGAAGUGGUCUAACCCAUUUUUUUUUUUUUUGUUUACUUAAAGUAGUCUCAAACGUGAUAAAUUUUAAAA